UCCCUCUCUCUCUCUCCUAUCACACACUCUCGGGAGCAGCGCUUUGACGCACCACGCAGAGUUGGAUUAUAGUAUUGCGCGCUGGUCUUUCACAGGGCUUUUCCCUCCCUCACAUUUCUUACACCCUUGCCACUGACCGGCUAUUGAUAUCUGAUCGGAAUCAAUAUCUCUCCACCACGGUGACCUGUGCUGAGCUUUUUGGGGAAACCGAGCGCUGCCGCUGCCUCCUCUCCGGACGCGUGUUGUGAAUUAAUAACCAAGACAGCCUCACCUGGAGUGUGUGCGUGUGUGUGUGAGAGAGAGUGUGUGUAUAUGCACUAAAGUGUGUAUGAGAGUGUGUUUCUCUGGAUCAGAUCAAGGAGCGAGGUGUUUCACUGGCUUGGUUCCGCACAUAUUCCAUACACAGACACACCACACACACACCGGGGGGAUUUGGGCACCGCAUGCCGGGGACAUGUGGAAGUUUGCGCCGCUGUAGCGCAGCCAGAGAGCCGGUCCACCGCCUCGUCGACCUCCCCUCUCCCUGCCCAGGGGGACCAAAUUCCCGGUUCACAGCCUUCACACAUCGAAACCCCUCCAAGAAUACCCAAAUGUAAAAUUCAGAACGAGAAAUUUCAGAAACACACGUCUGAAAGGGGGAGGACAACGAAAAAGGAGGACGGCAUCCCGUUGCGUGCAGAGUUUGGUGAGCUGUUUCGGGGAUUUCGGGGCUUUUAUUUUUUAACGCCCUUGUAUUUUCUCAGUAUUUUGUGGGUCUCAUAUUGGCCCCCCACUUGCCGCAGUGAUGGUGGGAGCUCUGAGCCCCGUUGGCCCUGGCCGCUCCCCAGCGACUGCGCUGGGGCUGCUGGUGGCUGUUCUGGUAUCGGUCCUGUCCGGCGGAGCGGACGGCCAGCCCUGCCCGGCCCAGUGCUCCUGUACCGGGACUACAGUGGACUGUCACGGCCAAGGGCUCCGCAGCGUGCCCAGGAACAUACCCCGCAACACGGAGAGACUGGACCUGAAUGCAAACAACCUCACCAAAAUCAGCAAGGCGGAUUUUGCAGGACUGAGGCAUCUGCGAGUGUUGCAGUUAAUGGAGAACAAAAUCACAACGAUCGAGAGAGGAGCCUUCCAGGACCUGAAAGAGCUGGAGAGACUGCGCCUGAAUCGGAAUAAUCUGGCUGUGUUCCCCGAGCUGCUUUUCCUGGGAACGACAAAGCUGUACAGACUUGAUCUCAGCGAGAACCAGAUUCAGGGGGUUCCAAGGAAAGCCUUCAGGGGAGCUGUGGAGAUCAAGAACCUCCAGUUGGACUACAACCACAUCAGCUGUAUCGAAGAUGGAGCUUUCCGAGCGUUACGUGACCUGGAAGUGCUCACCCUCAACAACAACAACAUCAGCCGACUGUCUGUGGCCAGUUUCAACCACAUGCCAAAGCUCAGGACCUUUCGCCUGCACUCCAACAACCUGCAGUGUGACUGCCACGUGGCCUGGCUGUCAGAGUGGCUGCGACAGCGCCCCCGUCUGGGUCUUUACACGCAAUGCAUGGCCCCGCCGCACUUGAGGGGGCACAACGUGGCUGAGGUGCAGAAGAAGGAGUUUGCCUGCACAGAUGGGGACGAAGGUCACCAGUCGUCAUCAUCUUCCUCCUGCAGUGUGUUACAGUGCCCAGAGUCCUGCACCUGCAGUAACAACAUCGUGGACUGCAGAGGGAAGGGACUGACAGAAAUACCCACCAACCUACCUGAAACCAUCACUGAGAUACGACUGGAGCAGAACGCCAUCAAGGUGAUUCCAGCUGGAGCCUUUUCUCCUUAUAAGAAGUUGCGCAGGAUAGACUUGAGUAACAACCAGAUAUCAGAGCUAGCCUCGGACGCCUUCCAAGGUCUGCGCUCCCUCAACUCUCUGGUACUAUAUGGAAACAAGAUCACUGAGAUUUCCAAAGCACUGUUUGAGGGACUGUUUUCUCUGCAGCUAUUGUUACUGAAUGCUAAUAAGAUAGCAUGUCUACGUGUGGACGCAUUUCAGGACCUCCACAACCUCAAUCUGCUCUCACUAUAUGACAACAAGCUCCAGACCAUUGCCAAGGGGACCUUCUCGUCGCUACGAGCCAUACAAACACUUCACUUAGCCCAAAACCCGUUUAUCUGUGACUGCCAUCUGAAGUGGCUGGCAGACUACCUGCAGGACAAUCCCAUUGAGACAAGCGGUGCCCGCUGCACCAGCCCCCGGCGCCUCGCCAACAAACGGAUCGGACAAAUCAAGAGCAAGAAGUUCCGCUGCUCAGCUAGAGAACAGUAUUUCAUCCCAGGUACCGAGGACUACCGCAGCAAACUAGGAGGGGACUGCUUCGCCGACUUGGCUUGCCCGGACAAGUGCCGUUGUGAGGGCACCACAGUCGACUGCUCCAACCAGAAACUUACCAAAAUACCAGAUCACAUUCCCCAGUACACUGCUGAACUGCGUCUGAACAACAAUGAAUUCACUGUGCUCGAGGCGACAGGGAUCUUCAAAAAGUUGCCUCAGCUGAGAAAGAUUAACCUGAGCAAUAACCGUAUCACUGACAUAGAGGAGGGGACGUUUGAAGGAGCCUCAGGAGUCAAUGAGUUGAUUCUGACCUCCAACAGACUGGAGAACAUACACCACCGCAUGCUGAAGGGACUCAGCGGCCUCCGCACACUUAUGCUGAGGAGUAACCACAUCAGCUGUGUGAGUAACAGCAGCUUUGUGGGGUUGAGCUCAGUGCGUCUUCUGUCACUCUACGACAACCAGAUCACCUCCAUGAACCCCGGAGCCUUUGACACACUACACUCCCUGUCCACGCUCAACCUUCUGGCCAAUCCCUUCAACUGUAACUGUCACCUGGCUUGGCUGGGUGAUUGGCUGAGAAGGAAACGCAUCGUCACCGGUAACCCUCGCUGCCAGAAUCCUUAUUUCUUGAAGGAGAUCCCCAUCCAGGAUGUAGCUGUCCAGGACUUUGCCUGUGAAGAUGGUAAUGAUGAGAACAGCUGCUCUCCACUGCUGAGGUGUCCAGCAGAGUGUUCCUGUCUGGACACUGUGGUGCGCUGCAGCAACAAGGGUCUCACCACGCUGCCCAAAGGCCUGCCCAAAGAGACCACUGAACUGUAUCUGGAUGGUAACCACUUCACUCAGGUUCCUGUGGAACUCUCCAAUUACAAACACUUAACACUGAUUGAUUUGAGUAACAACCAGAUCAGCACGUUGUCCAACCACAGCCUCAGUAACAUGUCUGAGCUGCUUACCCUAAUCCUGAGCUACAACCGCCUGCGGUGCAUACCAGUGAGGGCGUUCGAUGGACUCAAGUCUCUCCGUUUGUUGUCUCUCCAUGGUAACGACAUAUCACUGAUACCAGAGGGAGCCUUCAAAGACCUGUCAUCGCUCUCCCACCUGGCCCUGGGUGCCAACCCUCUGUACUGUGACUGCCACAUGCAGUGGCUGUCAGACUGGGUGAAGAGUGGCUACAAGGAGCCUGGCAUCGCCCGCUGCGCCGGGCCUGGUGACAUGACUGACAAACUGCUGCUUACCACGCCUUCCAAGAAGUUCACCUGCACAGGUCCAGUAGAUAUGAGUAUCCAGGCUAAAUGUGAACCCUGUCUGUCCAACCCCUGCAAGAACGAUGGCACCUGCUCUAAUGACCCGGUGCACUACUACCGCUGCACCUGUCCCUACGGAUUUAAGGGACAGAACUGUGAGGAGCCCAUUCAUGCCUGUAUUAGUAACCCGUGCCAGAAUGGCGGCACCUGCCACCUGAAGGAAGGAGAGGGAAGCAACUUUUGGUGUGUGUGUCCAGAGGGCUUUGAAGGGGAUGGAUGUGAGAUCAACAUCGAUGACUGUGAAGACAACGACUGUGAGAACAACUCCACCUGUGUCGAUGGAAUCAACAACUACACAUGCAUGUGCUCACCAGAAUACACAGGGGAGCUAUGUGAAGAGAAACUGGAUUUCUGUGCUCCGGAGCUGAACCCAUGUCAGCACGACUCAAAGUGCAUUUUGACCCCUCAGGGAUACAAGUGUGAGUGCACUCCAGGCUAUGUAGGUGAGCACUGUGAGCUGGACUAUAACGACUGUGAAGACAACAAGUGUCAGAAUGGAGGUCAAUGCAUUGACGCAGUCAAUGGAUACACCUGCGUCUGUCCAGAGGGAUACAGCGGGCUAUUCUGCGAGUUCUCUCCCCCAAUGGUACUUCCUCGCACCAGCCCCUGUGACAACCAUGAGUGCCUCAACGGGGCGCAGUGAGUCAUCAUGGGAACUGACCCCCGCUGCCAGUGUCUCCAAGGCUACGAAGGCGAGCGCUGUGAGAUGCUUGUCAGUGUCAACUUUGUCAACCGCGAGUCCUACCUGCAAUUUCCCUCCAGUCUCCUCUCACCGGAGACCAACAUCAGCCUACAGAUUGCUACAGAUGAGGACAGCGGCGUGUUGUUGUAUAAAGGGGACAAUGACCACAUUGCCAUGGAGCUGUACAGGGGACGCCUCAGGGUCAGCUAUGAUACCGGAACUUACCCUCCAUCUGCUAUAUACAGUGUUGAGACAGUGAAUGAUGGCAGCUUCCACGCUGUGGAGUUGGUAGCAUCAGACCAGACUUUGUCUCUGUCCAUUGACGGCGGGCCGCCCAAAUCCAUCAACUCCAUCAGCAAACAGUCUACACUCAACAUAGAUUCUCCGCUUUACCUGGGAGGUAUGCCAGAACGUGCCUCAGUCUCCGGGGGUCUCUCAUCCCUGCAGCAUAGCUCAGGCGGACGAAACGGCACCAGCUUCCAUGGCUGUCUCCGUAAUCUGUACAUCAACGGGAAGCUCCAGGACCUUGGUGCCGGGCUGGGGACGGGGGCUCCGGGCUCUGGGACAGCACAGAGCACCACCAGACAGUGGCUGGGCCACGGGGUGGAGCCAGGCUGCCAGCCCUGCCAGAGAGGCGCCUGUGUCCAGGGUGACUGCCACCCAACAGGGCAUCGUGGCUUCACCUGCACCUGCCACCCGGGCUGGACGGGAACAGUGUGUGACCAGCAAGUCAACAACCCCUGUGAUGGCAACAAGUGUAUCCAUGGUACCUGCCUUCCAAUCAACUCCUACUCGUACUCUUGUCGCUGUCAGCCUGGUUUUGCUGGUGUACUCUGUGAUGAGCAGGACCAGGAUGCUGCCAACCCCUGCGGUGUGUCUCGCUGUAAACAUGGCAAAUGUAGAGUGUCGGGCCUGGGCAAGGCAUACUGCGAGUGUAACAGUGGAUAUACAGGAGAUGCAUGUGACAGAGAGGUGGCCUGCCGAGGGGAACGGGUCCGAGAUGUCUACCAGAGACAGCAAGGCUACGCGGCGUGCCAAACCCAGGAGAAGGUCUCCCGCCUAGAGUGUCGAGGUAGCUGCCCGGGGGGAGCAGAAGGACAGGGGACCUGCUGCACCCCCCUCCGCAGCAAACGCAGGAAAUACACCUUCCAGUGCACUGACGGCUCUUCUUUUGUCCAGGAAGUGGAGAAAGUGGUCAAGUGUGGCUGUACAAAGUGUUCCUCAUAAAAAAGAGAAAAAAAAAACAAAACAAAAAAAGAGACAACACCCUUGGCAGAUUUCCUCCCCUUCAGAUAUGUUUUAUGUUCUUGCCCGCCUUACUUGAUCCCCGUCCUCCUUGUCCAAGGUUCCAAUUCCUUCUGAAAAAAACCCUUCACCCUCCACAGACCCGUCCCCCCACCAUCCCUGUUUUUUUUUUAAAAACCCUUAAAAAAGGCAAAAAAAAAAAAAACCCCACAAGAGAAACAACUAAAAAAGAGUUUCUUUUCUUUGUCAGUGCUGGACUGAUGAUUGAUGCUUCCUCGGUGGGGAUGUUGAAUUGUAUUGUAAAGUACAAAAACAGACUUAUUUUUUAUUAUGAAGUGGAGAAAAAGACAAAAAAAAAAAAAACACGAGUUGACUUUUUCCUUACUUCUUUUUGUUGGUCAUGAUGACUCCAAUGGUGUGCCACACUGUCUCUUCCCUGGAGGACUGGCCGGUCACUGACGGCUGACCACUUCCUGUAGACUUCCUGCUUCCUGUCUGUGAGUUGUGUGUUUUAGGAGUAACCUUAACUGGUAGUAUCACAGACUCACCACUAGGAGGAGCUGCAUUAAGGCACGGGAGAUGGCGGGCAGUGAUAACCCCCCCUACGACACAAGAAACCACCACUGUAGUCUGCAGACUCCCUCAACAGACCUCCUGUACCCUCUGAGACUGUGUGCACGAUCCUACACACAGCUGUGUUUAAAAUUGUGGUAUUUUCUACAGCUACUGAACAACACACACACACACACAAACACACAUCCAAAUGCUCUCACCUGUAGAAGUGUUAUACAUAAUACCUGCCAGGUUAAAUACAGUACUCUCUGUUUAUCUACCCCCCAGUCAUGAAUGACAAGUAUUUAUUGUAUCAUAAAUACCUGUACUUAUUCAGUAGAUCCCCUAUGUAUCAAUCUGAUUCUUUUAAUAUAUAUUAAUUUAUAUUUGUCCUUAUUUUUGUAUUAAAAAGACAUAAUCUGUCAAGAUAGCUGAACUAACAAAAUGGUGUCCUUUAUUUUGGUUGAAGAGAAGUUGUUUUUUUUGAUCACUGAAACUAUUGUGCUUGCCAGAGACCUUAGUUACAUUUUAAUCUGCAAAUGUGACGUGAAGACAUUGUAUAUUUUUGUCGCGUUUCCUGAGAGUUUGUACUGUGCCAUUACCAGAAGGUCUUUAUAUUAGAGUAUAAAUGUAUAGAUAAUUUCCCUACCUAUGUAUUUCACACACAGAUCUUGUGAGUAGCAUUGACCCUAGAGGAUGCUUAGAACUGUUUUUACCUUUUUAACAAAUUUAUGCUUAAAGAAUACUGUGACUUUUUCUAAAUGAAACUACUUUGUUAGCCCCUUGGUCUCCGAUGUUAACAUGUUGCUGCUAAGUUUUUGUACCGUAGACUUGGAUCCUGAUCUGUAUGUUAUAUAGAACUUCCUGCUCCUACUGUACGGGGGCACCUUGUGUAACAGAUAAAUACGUCCCCCCACCUCUACACAUGUGCAUUGUGCUUUAUAUUCCCCCCCCUUUCCAUCCCCAGACUAAUGUCAGUUCCCUGACUGAUGUUUGUUUAUUAAACACAAUAUUUACCUCA